AUGGCCACCGACACCAAGAUGCCCGCAAGGACGGUGCGGCGGACAGGCCAGGAUGAGUCAGCAGACCUGAAGAAGUUUGAGGAGAACAGACUGAGAGCGUCGUAUGACGAGUGGCCCAACGAAGCAGGCUUUGACGGCCUGACCGAGGAACGCGGCCCCAUUGAACUGACCGUCCAGGGCGACAUUCCCGCCUGGGCCGCCGGCGCUCUCUACCGCACAGGCCCCGGCAGCUGCAAGAUUGAAGACACCCCCAAGGGGACGUACUACGUCUCGCACUGGUUCGACGGUUUCGCUCACACGCACAAGUUCGACAUUGUCGCCCCUGAAGCCUCGUCCAACGGCCGGACACGCGUGCUCUAUUCCUCAAGGCGCCAGUGCGACGAGCUAGUUGAGUCCAUCAAGGCCGCGGGCCACCAGAACCGCUACACCUUUGGCCAAAAAGCCGACCCCUGCGUCGGCCUCCUCGGCAAGUUCAUGGGCGUCUUUGCAAAGGGAACGGGUCCCAACAUCUGCGUCGCCGUCAACGCCAAUGUUCCCGGUUUAGACAACAAGAACCAGGGCCCCGCGGGACCGGGCCACCGGAACGGCAUCCGGAGUGUGUGGCUCUCGACCGACUCGAACCCGCUGUUGGAAAUCGACCCCGACACCCUUGAGCCCGUCGGCAUCGCCAAGCAGGACAGGCUGCACCCGGACCUGUCGGGCCCCCUGUCCUGCGCGCACGCCCAACGUGACCCCGAGACGGGCGACAUGUACAACUUCAACCUCGCCUUCGCCAUGGCGUCCACCUACCGCGUCUUCCGCACGAGCGCGUCGACGGGCAAGACGGACAUCCUGGCGACCAUCUCGGGCCCCGACGCCAAGCCGGCCUACAUCCACAGCUUCUUCCUCACAAAGAACUUUGUCGUCCUCUGCAUCCCCUCGUCGCACCUCGGCUACAGGGGCAUGUCGGUGCCCUGGGAGCGCAACAUCCUCGACGCCAUCGUCCCCUUUGACGCCCAAAACCGGUGCCAGUGGUACUUCAUCAACCGCCGCCACGGCAAGGGCGUCGUCGCGUCUUUCGAGACCCCCGCCGGCUUCUUCUUCCACACCACCAACGCGUUCGAGGAACCAUCCGCCGACGGGUCCGGGCUCGACGUCGUGUGCGAGAUCUCGGGCUACCAGAACCUCAACGUCCUCUACAACCUCUACUACGACGUCCUCCUCGACCGCAACGACGCCGCCAAGAAGUUCUGGACCGACGACGAGCGCUUCAAGAACGGCUAUGCGAGCCUGCAGCGGUACAAGUUCCGCCUGCCGGACCCUUCCCGCGCGCCCACCGGCGGCGCGUCGGCGGCAACGGCAACGACGACGCCAGAACCCGAGCUCGUCGUCUCCAUCCCCGCCCCGCACGCCGGCGAGCUGCCCACCAUCAACCCGGCCUACCUCACCCGGCGCCACCGCUACGUCUACAGCCUCUCGGACCGCGGCCUCAGCACCCUCUUCGACACCAUUGUCAAGACGGACGCCGACACCCGCGAGGCCCUCCUGUGGGAGUGCCCGCAGGCCCACACCCCCGGCGAGCCCAUCUUCGUGCCGCGCCCCUCGGCGCCCGACGGCUCGCCCGUGGCCGAGGACGACGGCGUCAUCCUCAGCGUCGUGCUCGACGGCACCGCCGAGCGCAGCUACCUGCUCUGCCUCGACGCCAGGACCAUGACGGAGCUGGGCCGCGCCGAGUGCGACUUUGCCGUCGGCAUCGGCUUCCACGGCAUCCACGCCCCUUCCAACCCCGGCGCCGAGUGA